AGCUGGCGGCGGCGGCGGUGGUCGUGAAGGGCAUCGGUGGCGGUGACGGAGAUGAUCUGAAGAUGGAAAGAGCCAGGCGAAGGGGAGGCGGCGGUGGCGGCGGCCGUGGCCGCGGAGGCAAGAACGUAGGGGGCUCUGGCCUAAGCAAGAGUAGACUCUAUCCCCAGGCCCAGCACUCUCACUACCCCCACUACUCCGCGUCAGCCACCCCUAAUCAGGCUGGAGGCGCAUCCGAAAUCCAGGAGCUGGCCUCCAAACGCGUGGACAUCCAGAAAAAGAGGUUUUACCUAGACGUGAAGCAAAGCUCCCGGGGCCGCUUCCUAAAGAUAGCUGAAGUCUGGAUAGGGAGAGGCCGGCAGGACAAUAUCAGAAAGAGUAAACUGACCCUCUCCCUAUCAGUGGCAGCGGAGCUGAAGGACUGUCUAGGCGAUUUCAUCGAACACUAUGCCCACCUGGGCCUGAAAGGCCACAGGCAAGAGCAUGGCCAGAGCAAAGAGCAAGUCUCCAGGAGGCGGCAGAAGCACUCUGCACCCUCCCCACCAGUGUCGGUGGGGUCCGAAGAGCAUCCUCACAGUGUCCUCAAAACAGACUAUAUAGAGAGGGACAAUAGGAAAUACUACCUAGACCUAAAGGAGAAUCAGCGAGGUCGUUUCCUGAGGAUUAGACAAACCAUGAUGCGGGGCACUGGCAUGAUAGGUUAUUUUGGCCACAGUUUGGGUCAGGAACAGACUAUUGUCCUCCCAGCACAAGGAAUGAUUGAAUUCCGCGAUGCCUUGGUUCAGCUGAUCGAAGACUAUGGCGAAGGAGACAUAGAAGAACGAAGAUGUGGAGAUGACGAGCCACUUGAACUCCCCGAGGGGACCUCUUUCAGAGUGGACAAUAAAAGGUUCUACUUUGAUGUGGGCUCUAAUAAAUAUGGAAUUUUCCUGAAGGUAAGUGAGGUGAGGCCACCUUACCGUAAUACUAUUACUGUUCCAUUCAAAGCUUGGACAAGGUUUGGGGAGAAUUUUAUCAAGUAUGAAGAAGAGAUGAGGAAAAUUUGCAACAGCCAUAAAGAAAAGAGGAUGGAUGGCAGAAGGGCCAGUGGUGAAGAACAAGAAAGCCUCGACUAGCAUGACACUGAACUCCAUCAGGCAAAAUUUAAAAAUCACUAAUUGGCUAAAAAAAAAAAAAAAGAAAAAAAAGUACUGAUCCGUAACCAUUUGAAGAAGUUUCUCCUCUUUUUGGGCCCCUUGUUAUUAGUAAUACCUCUAAUAGUUUAUACUUCAAGAAGUCCGAUUCUUGUGUUAUGUUAUCCAUAGCUCACAUAUACCCCUCAUGGGAGUUCCAGCCUCCCCAGAGCUGAAUAGUUUAGCUGCUUCAGCUGCUCCCGACGAUUGAAGUAUGCAGAUCAGCACAGAGUGUGACAUUCUGACCUUUAAACACCAUAGCUGAGAUUUACAUUGCACUAGGACAUAACCCUGAAAAUGAUGCAUAUACUUACUAUGAAAAGCGUGAAUUUCUGUUUAACAAAUCCUCACCCCAAAGGAAGGCCCACUCAUGCUUCGUGAGAAGCCGCGAAGUUUACCUGUAGACAGUUACCACAGAAAUAGAAAUUGACCUCAAGUAUAGUAUAUGUCUAUGAAAGUACAAGUAGGGAUAUCUUCAUUGGGUAACUGGAUAUUAACUAGUACCAGUCUAAAAGAUCAACUCUUACUAGAUAAUUAAACCUUUAAGAUACGAUAUCAUUUCUUAACAGUUACUAUAUAGAGUGUUCAAUAAUUUCAAAUUUUGUGGUAACCCUACAGUUUUAGUUGCCAUAUCAAAGCCAUGGAAAAGUUUUAAUGGAUUAUUCCAAGCUAGUUACAAUCUCAUUUGUUUCCUAUACUAUGUAUUUUGUUGACUUUCCAAAGUUUUGGGAAUUACGUUUAUGUCGCUGUUGAGAGGGAGGCUUUUACCCAGUGGCUUUGCUAUGGAAAUUUUGAUGUUUUAGCCUUUCAUGGUAAUUUGCAGUCGUUUUUCCUUAAACCCUGUCAUGGACUUUCAAAGUGUUGUAUUUUAUGCUUCCCUACUCAUGUAUUUCAUAGGGUUGGUGCACCAGUUGAGUGAUGUAAAAAUAAUCUCCUAAUAUAUUUUAGUAGCACUUUAGCAUUUGAUGCACUUAAAGACCGUGUCAAACUUCCAGUAUAAACCUGGUAUUGAUACAGAUACUUUAACUCCAGAAGAAAAACCCUUUUUUGCUGAGAAGAAAAAAAAAAACAAAAAGCAAAAAAGCAUUUAGAAUACAAAAUACAGUCUGGGAAAUAGAAUAUUUGGAAAUAAGAUUGAUUCUAAACAUUUCAAAAGAAAAUUCAGGCAAUUUCCAAGGUGCUCCUUACUUAGGAUUCCUAAAGAGGUUUAUUCUAUACAAGACGUAUCCAUUUGUCUGUAUUAAAAAUCACUUUCUAGAAAGUGCCACCUGAAUUUUUAAACACUCAAGCAAUUUUUAAACAAGUGGGUAUAGAAUAUAAAUGUACCAACACCCCUUAUUAUCUGACUGAAAUUUCAUCUGUCGGGAUACAUUUUAUUCUAAAUGAAAUUGUGUUUUGUUCUGGGAUCAGUUACUGCCCCACUAUAAGUCCAUAUAACCAUUUUUCAGAGACAGACACUGAUUUCAGCUCCCCAAAUACAGUUCGCAUUGAUGAGAGCUGGCUGCAAGGAUUGAGGUCAGAAUGUGGCUUUUCUAUGCUCUAAGUAAUUUAGAAUUUAUUUUUAACAAUUUUCCCUCCAGAACUUUUUCCCAAACAUACUUGGGUCACUAAGGAAACUAUGAAUUGAAUUAAGAAAAUUGAUUUCAUUGGUUUACGUUGCUGAAGAGCAAGUAGUAACCCAGACAUACAUAGUGGUGUUGGUUGCAGGUUAUAUUUGACAUUUCUUGAAGUGCUAUGAUGGAAUCUCUCUCAGUUCAUUAUCGUCGUGACCAUCUGGAUCACUUUGGAACACCUGAAGGUUAGAAGAUAAUGUUAGUUCUAAAGUUAAUAGCACAUGGUGGGUGUUGCGGCUAUAAAAGUAGCAAGGAUUCUUAAACAGUCCUAACUGUAAAAUAACGUAUUAUGUAGGCUUGCUAAAAAGAAGCUUGGGGUAUAUGAAGGAGUGGUGUGCACUUGAAUUACUGUACUACUGAUUGUUAUUGCUGCCCAUCAUAGUGCCUAUUAAUAGUAAUCAACCUGUCAGAUUUCAGCAAGCUGGAGCUGUGAAGAUUCCAUUAUUUAGUUGUUUCUAUCACUAUUGCUGGGAGUGGAUGCACUCUUAAAAUCGUAUCUUCCUUUUUAAAAUAUCUAUCCAUUAGGACCAACUGAUUUCUUUUUGAUUUUUAGUCUGAUAAGGUUUGAGUGUGUAUAUACCUACAUGUAUGCAUACACACAGUACUAUUUCAGACAUGAAGAUAAAUAUAUUUAAUUCACUGUAUAUACAUAUUAUUAGCUUCAUUUCACAUUAAUUAUUUAAGUAAAGAACUAGUUAAAUAGCCAGGUUUUCUAUGUUGUAUGUAUACUUCAAAGUCCUCGCCAUCUCAAAGCUACAAGUUGGGUAGAUACAUAUAUACUGGCAAUUGAACACACUUUAGAAUCCCUAAGACUUUUACCAAUCCUUUGUUUGCCUUUAUGUAGUUAUUAUAUUCAUUGAAAAAUGGUAUGAUGAUAAUGAUUUUUUUGAUACUUAAAAUUCCCAAGAGUUCAUUAGCCAUAAUUAAGUGUGAUCCAGUUCAAACAUCUGGAUUUAGGAUGUGUAUUGCCAUGUAUCGUAUAAGCUACUACUAUUUUUAUCUGUGCAAUAUAAAUUUUAUUUAUUGUCAUUUGUAACGUAAAUGGAGCUGCAAAUGUACAUGGUUAUUCUUCAAAAUAACAGGAUCCUUGCCUUGAAGGCAUUAAACUCUUAAGGAAACUGGAUGUUCGAAGUAAAAAAAGAGCAUUGAAGUUAGUAACCAAAAUACCUAGUUCACUGUAUAAUGCUAAAACAUUGAUGAUGUUUGCACAGAGUAGUCGAGCAUAAUGUGGACAGGCUCAAACUGUAUGAUAUAAGCUAAUAGUAUAAAGUCUGGAAACGGGUUCCUCAGUAGUUGGCAGCGUGCUCCUAGCGAUUGAAAGCAGCACAAGCGUGCUGCUUAUAUGCAAAAGAUGCAAUGUAUUAUAAAGAUAUUCAAGUUCUGCCACAUUAUAUUAUUUUCGAAACUUCUUAAAGCCCCAAACUGCCAUGUCCCUUAAACUUGAGUCAAACACAAGCUUAUUUGCACUAAAGAGCAUGGCCAAAAAAAUAAUAAUAAUAAUAAUAAUAAAUGACAGGGUGGAAAAGCUAUUUAGAGCCUCUUGAAAUAAUUGGCUCUAAUGGGAAAAUUUCACAUUUGUCUAUUUGAAAGCUAUAUGGUCCAGGCAGACAAUCUGUCAGUUCACUAAUUUAAUAAUGCACUUUACCUUUUGUAUAUAGAAGAUGUACAUUUAUGCCACUUGGCAGGCCGGAUGUGUUUCAGUAACUCCGUAGUUAGAAUCUGUAGGGUGAUCUCUUGCAUGCAUAUGUUUGUGUCAGAACUAUUGUAACAGGUUCCCAUGAAGUCGGCGUGAUGGAGAAGGGCAGAAGAUGGUUUUAAAACAUAUCUCAUUUAACAGGAAUUUUAAAGUAGAUUUCAUAUUUGUAUUAAGGACUAGAAUAAUAUUAAACUAUUCCGAAUCCAGAUUAGUAUUGCAGUUCAGACUAUAUCUGCUUGAGGCUUUCCAUAAUACUCUAAAAAUGAAAUUGGGGAAUCUGGCGAGAUAACUUUUUUAAUGAUUCUGCUUCACUGUUAAAAUGUGUUUUAAGUUACUAAUAAAAAGACAGUACAUGUGACAGCACUAGAAUUAAAAGUACGGUUAGCUGAUGUUUUAAAAUCACCAGACUAAAGAAAUAAAGUUUCAAGUAAGGAAUAUAAAGAGCUUUAUAAGUUGCUAAAUAAAUAGGAUAUUUAAAAAUCUGCGAAAGUAUUAACCUUCACCAACUCAAAAGGGAACUGGGGGAUUUGGUGUAUCCUUCUACCCUGAACACAGUUGAAGAUGUAUAUUUGAAAACUAGAUAAUUGUUGCUUAAUAAUAGGUUGUAUGUGCUUUACUGAGAAACACUGUGUACUAACAA